GAAGAGAUGUGGUUUCCCUCAGACAAGAUGGCAUGAGCUAGGACUGAGACUAGGACUACACAAGAACACACUGGAUGCUUUAGAAAUGAUUUUUCGUGGUGAUGUAUCUCGGUGCUUGAUGGAAUGUCUUUGCCAGUGGUUGCGUAGAGCUGAUAACGUUGACAAUAAAGGAAGAGCUACCUUUGACUCACUGUCAGAUGCUCUUAAAUCUAUGAAUGAGAAUGCUGCAGCUGACAAGUUAGAUCAAGAGAAACGUAAAGCUAAGGCUAUUGAUAUAUUCAACACUCAUCGUCCACUCCUCUCUCAGUCUCUCUCUGAUCCUGUCAGUGUAGCUAUUAUGCUUCAAAGAGAGGGUGUCAUAACAGGACAAGUAUUGGCUAGUGUAGAAUCAGCUAGUCCCUCUGUUCCUAAUCAACGUGAAGUCUUGUUAGCUGCCAUUAUAGUAGUUAUUUGA